CAAACCAAUUGGUUGGUUUGAUUAUGUCUGGAGUAAAUGCAUAAUUACUUCGCUAGAAUAGAUACCGAUGGACUUCAACGAUUUCAAGGCUCAAUUUCUUAAUUUUGGAGUUUAAAUUCCUGAAUCUUUCAACCUCUCGUCACCUUUACCUCCACGAUAUUCCCAACAUUUUAUGUCCCUUUCCUUUUUUUUUGCUCUGAUCGCAGAAAAAAUCGAAGAUCAAAUUAUCAAAAAUAUCAACGGUAUCAAAGCAACCACAUCAACCCUUGCUAGAAGUGGAAACUAUGUUUCACACAUCGGUUGAAACAUGAAGCUAACGGAGCAGGAUCUCCGCCUUUUGGAGUUCAAGUCUUAUGAGGACUAUCUCAACUCACUGGUCGAUGGCAAAAGUCUCCAAUAUUUCGGUGAUAGGGAAAAUUUAAUCAGCCUGUAUCGUACAGGCUACAGAGCUCUCACAAAGAAAGCUUUUGAAGCGCAACGAACAUUUCUUCAGGUGACAAAAGAUCCGAACACACUGUUCAGCCGGAAUAUUACACCAACCGAUGCAUUUCUUCAGGAACUUGCCAAACGUGAACGUCCCAACCGGUUGGGUCUUUUGUCGACCAUCAUCUACAUGCGUUAUAUGAAGAAAAAUACGGAAAUCUCGGGCUAUAUUGACUACGAGGAAGCGUUGCGACGUGUGCACCAGGAUCAGCAGUACUCCAACGAUUGGCGAGCCAUCUUUGCCGGUGAGAAAGUGCUCUACCCAACACCCGUCGAUCUGCUGUACUACAAUGCAAAGACGGGCCGUAGCCGGAAAAAUAACACGCGCAACUAUCAGAUCCUUUGCGAUCCGCACCGAGGCAUCAUCUUUCGCAACAUGUACGAUCGGAAGGAUAUUCAUCCGGAUCCGCUGGCAAGCUUUUACGGUACCAAUACGAGCCGGAUCGAGAUCGCAAGCGAACUGUACGAGCAGGUCGUCCUGUACGAUCAUGUCGUGCGGAAGAACUAUUAACCGGGAAAUCCCGGAAACGAAUCAAUACAACUUCUAGGCGUCAAGGCUUCAAAGGCGUCCUUGCGCCGUAUCGCUUUCA